AAUGAUAAAUGAUGUUUGUUUCAAAAUUUGAAUACAUUACAUAUAACGUUGUAUAUGAACGGCGAUUCGAAAUUCAUCAUCAUCAGAAGGAAAAAAAACGUGGUUAAUGUGGCCAAAUAUUUUUAUUUUUGUUGAUUUUAUUAAUUCAUAUUCUCCGUUUAUUAUCUCUGAUUUUUAUAUUCACCACCAUUAAUGGGUCGAACGACAAAAGAUGAACCAUUUGGCAUAGCAAAAGCCGAUAAAUAUUGUUGUUCAUUAUGUGGAUUCGUCUCAAUCAAAUUGAAUGAAUGUGAUCAUCAUAUUCUUGUUGAACAUCAAGGCCAGGCAUUAAUCAAUGAUGAUAGACCGAUGACCCAAGCGGAAAUUAAACAAGGCUAUCGUCGUGCUUUAAGUGUUCUUAAAAUGCUCAAUUGUACAAUAUGUUCGAAAACGUUUCGAAGUUUUUUGGGUAUGGUAUUACAUGCUGAAGUAUGUGGUAAAUCGGAAGAUGAAUUAUUUCGUGAUUGUGAAAUUUGUGGUAAACGUUUAAGAAUUCAUUCGUUGGCCCUUCAUUUACGUUCAAUUCAUUCAAAUGUUGAUCCAUCGAUUCAAAUUGAUGAUAAUGAUAUUGAAAUGAUAAGUCAACAAGAAGAAGUUGUGGAAGGUAAAAGAGGCAAAAAACGAAAUUCUGCUCUUAAAGCAAUCAAUAAAUUUCGAUCUCUCAAACUAGCUGGUAGUGAUGGUGAAGAUGAUGAUAAAAAUAAAAAAUCAAAGAAAGCACGACUGAAAAACGAUGAUAAUGAUUUUUCAGCUAAAUCCUCCUCCUCCUCCUCAUCAUCAUCAUCAUCAUCAGAUGAAGAGCUUGAAGCGUCAAUUUCGAAUGAAACAAAUGAUCUCAAUGAUAAGGGUAAUCAAGAUAAUAAGAUUCAACAGGAAACGACAAAAACAUUGAAUGAUCGUGAUUUGGAUCGAAUCAUUUCCAUAAUUGUUCAUCAUUUAAUCCGAGAAGAUGGUAAUGAUAAUAGCGAUGGAUUUGAACGAACAAUCAUCGAAUCGGUUCCUGUUAAUCGAAACGGUCUAUUUACCUGUUACAAUUCUUUAUGUCCUACUCAAUUUAAAUAUCGAUUCGAAUUGGAAAAUCAUUAUCGUCGAUGUCGUUGGAAAAAAUUUUGGUUUCGUUGUUUCCUUAACGAAUGUCAACAAAAUGAUCGAAAUCGUUUCAAUUGGCUCGAUGUAAAUGUUGUGGAACAUUUUUUUCAUAAACACAAUGAAUUAUUCAAUAAUGCAGUGAAAGCAGAAUUUGAUAUUUUUAUAAAGAAAAAACAACUGAAUGAUGUUGUUCGUUCUGGUCCAAGUAGUUCACGAAAACCUCGUUAUCUUAAACCACUUCUUGAAUGGCAUAAACAAAUAUCAUUAUCAUUGAAAGCUAACAUUGUUGAUAAUGGCAAUCCAAUGUUUUCGAACAUGUUACCAAGUCAUGAUGAUUACCGUAUAAUCGAUGAAAAUUUUCAGAUACAAAAUUGUCAAUCCCCUUAUUUCAAAACAACACGUACAAUGGAUUCUGGUGAUAAUGAAAUGAAAAAAUUAUCAGCAUUUGAAUCAAUACGUUUGGAUAACGACAAUCUAAUGUUCAAUGUCGGUAAAUGUGUUUCAGCUAUUUCUUGGUGUCCAUUACCAUUUACCACCGAAUCGACUCGUUUUGAUUGUAAAUCACAAUUUGAUCGAAUACUAAUGUCCGAAGUGAAUGCUAAACGUGAUCAAUAUCUUGUAUUGGCUACCAGUGAUUUUGAUCAGAUACUUAAAAAUGAACGUUCCGAUCAAAUUUGUUUGCAAUUAUGGAAUCUUGGACCAUUGAAUCAAAUGAAAAAAGGCGAAUCGGAAGAAAACAUAGCUCGUUUAGCAUUGAAUAUCGAUUGGACAUCGUAUGGUGAUGUUCUAGAAAUGUGUUGGUGUCCAUGGGGUGUUUCGUAUGAAGAACUAAAACCAUCGAAUGAACGACUACAACGAUUAGGAUUAUUAGCAAUUGCCAGUGAAGAUGGUCAUGUUCGAAUUAUAUCUUUACCACAUCCCCAUCAAUUAAAUGGUAGCUAUAAAACAACAUACCUGUUCCAAGUCAAACCUGUACUUGUAUUACAGGAUCGAUUUCCACGAUAUCUAAAUUGUAAUAGCAUUGAUUGGUAUCCAUAUGCUCCAUUCACUAUGAUAGUUGGUGCAUUCAACACGGGAUUUGCAUGUCUUUGGCGAUUACCAAUUGAUAAUGAUGAUGAAAAAUUAUUAACCAAAGAUAAACACUUAUUACCAUGUGAUCAGAAUGGUAAUCUUAAAUGUCAACCAUUAUUAUCGAUUCGUUGGAUCAAUAAAUACAUGUAUGUUUGUGUUUCAUUGAAUCAUUCAUUCAUCUAUCAUAUACAUUGGGAUGGAUUAUUUCGGCAACUUGAAUGUCGUCCAUGUCAGAAAAUUAUGACCUAUUCACCAUUAUGGAAUAAUGCUAUGAUACAAAUGGCUAUGGUACGUAAAGGUAGCCUCAUUGGAUUCAUUCUUCUAGAUCGACCUAUUGAUAGUGGUGCUGAUAUUCGUCAUACGAUCAUAUCAAAUGCAACCGAUGAUUAUACGGACAUGUCAUUAUCACCAUGGAUGUAUACGAUUGCAUUUGGAUCUGAAUGUGGUAGAUUAUGUACGACAAAAAUGAUGAAAAAACCAGGCUAUUCGGAAAAAUCAAAAUCAAUCAAUUAUAUUUUAUAUUCAACGAAAUUGGCAAGCAUCGAUCAAGAUCUAAAGAAUAAUUUGGAAUCGAUUAAAAAAUCAAUAACCAUAAACGAACCGCUUGAUCUUGAUUAUCAUAUUGAUGAUUUUUUUGAUAAAUAUUUUUUCAUCUAUGAAGAUAGUCGAAAACCUGAUACUAUUCUAAAAGGACGUACUGCAUCGACAACGAUUCGAUUAUUGACUAAAAAUGAUUUAUAUCGAUAUUAUGCAAUCAAUAAGUGUUCCUGGAAUCCGAAUCUAGCAACAUAUACAUGGAUUUUUUCAUGCAACAAAUCUGGCCUUUGUCGUUUGAAUAAUUAUCCAUUGAUCAAUCCAAAACAAAUGUAUUGAAUUUUAAAUGACUGUCAUAUUUUGCAAAUAUAAUGGCAUGAAAUUUUGUAUUUUUU